UAUUGCUACAUGAACACACAUGUUAUAUACAAUCUCAUCCGUGUCAUGCACAUAACACAGGCAUACAACUUAUCUCUACUAAAUACAUUAUAUUAAAUACAAAUAUAACAUAUUUUAUGCAAAUUCUGGAUGUUACAUACACACAUCUCCUCCAUGUCAUGCAUUUACCACAGAAUACAAUUUACAUCUACUAUAUACAUGUAUCAAAUACACAAUAUAACAUAUUUUACACAUAUUAUGGAUGUUAUAUACACAAUCACAGUCUAUCAUAAAACAUGUUUUAAUAAAACACAUGAAUGGUCAUAAAAUAAGCCCAUAUUACAUUAAAUAUUAGCUUACACAAAUAUUUAGGUACAGACCUAGCUUACAUCUACUGGCCACAUACAUCAUAGCGAAUGUACAUACAUCUUACAUAUAUUAUACCUUUUAUUACAAAAUAUGCAAUCAUGUAUAUUACAUUCACACCUAGAUCACCUAUUUUACAAGUAUUAGACAUAUACAAUACACAUGCAACUUCUGCAUCUGUACUCAUACUUUACAGAUACAUUGUUGCAUAUGUGGAUACAUUGUAUAUAUAUAUGAACAUUUUUAAAAGUGCCCCGUCCAGAGACGCCCCGAGGUGGAAUUUGAACCCAGAACCUCGAACUCCAGGUCCAGGGCUCUACCCACUAUAUUAUGCAUAUAGGGGGCUAAUAGCUGUGAGAACGGUGAGAAGUCUAGGCCUCGUGGAGGCCUAAAAAGACACUUUAUUCUUUUCUCUAAAUUAUUCUGGAAAAGGAGCCGCAAUAACCCAGCUCAGCCUCCAGCCGCCACGUGGAUGAUUCCUUCCCCCUCCCCCAACGCACGAGCUCCCCAGGAUGGGCGGGGCUCGAGACUCUGUCAGGAGGAGGGGCUUCGCCAGAGGCACAUCCGGGUCUUGCCGGUGAAGCCAUAGGGUUACUAAAAAGCAGGCGGAACCUUUCCGCCAUUGGGUGUGGUGCACUACCCGGGGGAAGGGUUUGGGCGCCGCACCGCCGGGUGUUCACGCUAGUAGCGGUCCGUCUGCCGCCGCUGCUCUUGGGGCCGCGGAUGUGUAGCUGAGGAGGUGGGAGUAACGGCGGCGAGACAGAGCCAUGGAAGUUCUAACCGAGGAGUUCGGGAACUUGACUCCGGAGGAAGUGGUCGCUCCCAUUCCCACUGUAGAGGAAAAAUGGAGGCUGCUUCCAGCAUUUCUAAAGGUGAAAGGCCUCGUGAAGCAACACAUUGACUCCUUCAAUUAUUUCAUCAAUGUAGAGAUAAAGAAGAUCAUGAAAGCCAACGAAAAGGUCACCAGUGAUGCUGACCCCAUGUGGUACUUAAAAUAUCUUAACAUCUACGUGGGCCUCCCUGAUGUUGAAGAAAGCUUUAAUGUGACAAGGCCUGUCUCCCCCCAUGAGUGCCGUUUGCGAGACAUGACGUACUCGGCUCCCAUUACCGUGGAUAUUGAGUAUACCCGGGGCAGCCAAAGGAUUAUUCGGAAUGCUUUACCCAUUGGCAGAAUGCCCAUUAUGCUUCGGAGCUCAAACUGUGUCCUUACAGGGAAAACGCCAGCUGAGUUUGCCAAACUCAAUGAAUGCCCCUUAGAUCCAGGUGGUUACUUCAUCGUCAAAGGAGUCGAGAAGGUCAUUCUCAUUCAAGAGCAGUUAUCGAAAAACAGAAUCAUCGUGGAAGCUGACAGAAAAGGCACGGUGGGGGCCUCCGUUACCAGUUCAACCCACGAGAAGAAGAGCAGGACCAACAUUGCUGUGAAGCAGGGGCGGUUUUACCUGAGACACAACACCUUGUCUGAAGACAUCCCCAUCGUGAUCAUCUUUAAGGCCAUGGGUGUUGAGAGUGACCAAGAAAUCGUGCAGAUGAUUGGCACUGAGGAGCACGUGAUGGCUGCCUUCGGUCCCAGUUUGGAGGAGUGCCAGAAAGCUCAGAUUUUCACACAGAUGCAGGCCCUGAAAUACAUAGGAAACAAAGUAAGAAGACAGAGGAUGUGGGGAGGGGGGCCAAAGAAGACCAAGAUGGAAGAGGCGAGGGAGCUGUUGGCUUCCACCAUUCUCACCCAUGUGCCGGUAAAGGAAUUCAAUUUCCGAGCAAAGUGUAUUUAUACUGCAGUGAUGGUGCGAAGAGUGAUUUUGGCCCAAGGAGAUAAUAAAGUUGAUGACCGAGACUACUACGGUAACAAGCGUUUGGAAUUGGCAGGACAGCUUCUUUCUCUCCUCUUUGAAGACUUGUUCAAAAAAUUUAAUUCUGAAAUGAAGAAGAUUGCCGAUCAGGUGAUCCCCAAGCAGAGGGCUGCCCAGUUUGAUGUGGUGAAGCACAUGCGCCAAGACCAGAUCACCAACGGCAUGGUCAAUGCCAUCUCCACAGGAAACUGGUCCCUGAAGAGAUUUAAGAUGGACCGCCAGGGAGUGACCCAGGUGCUGUCUCGCCUUUCUUACAUAUCUGCUCUGGGCAUGAUGACAAGAAUCUCAUCCCAGUUUGAGAAGACCCGGAAAGUGAGUGGUCCUCGCUCCCUGCAGCCCUCUCAGUGGGGAAUGCUCUGUCCGUCUGACACUCCAGAAGGAGAGGCUUGUGGUUUGGUUAAAAACCUGGCUCUGAUGACACACAUUACUACUGACAUGGAAGAUGGCCCCAUUGUUAAACUAGCCAGUAACCUGGGUGUAGAGGAUGUUAACCUCCUCUGUGGAGAAGAGCUCUCUUACCCAAAUGUGUUCCUUGUCUUCCUCAAUGGCAACAUCCUGGGUGUCAUUCGAGAUCAUAAGAAACUUGUAAAUACGUUUCGGCUCAUGCGAAGGGCUGGUUAUAUCAACGAAUUUGUCUCGAUUUCCACAAACCUCACUGAUAGAUGUGUCUAUAUUUCCUCAGAUGGAGGAAGGCUGUGCAGGCCAUACAUAAUUGUGAAGAAGCAGAAGCCCGCCGUUACAGACAAGCACAUGGAAGAGCUGGCCCAGGGAUACAGAAAUUUUGAAGAUUUUCUACAUGAGAGUCUGGUUGAAUAUUUGGAUGUGAAUGAAGAAAACGACUGUAACAUUGCACUGUAUGAACACACAAUUAACAAGGAUACCACCCACUUGGAGAUUGAACCCUUCACACUUCUUGGUGUUUGUGCUGGGCUUAUUCCAUACCCUCACCAUAACCAGUCCCCCAGGAAUACUUACCAGUGUGCUAUGGGGAAACAAGCCAUGGGCACUAUUGGAUAUAAUCAGCGAAACAGAAUUGAUACUCUCAUGUACCUACUGGCCUAUCCACAAAAGCCUAUGGUAAAAACAAAAACCAUAGAGCUGAUAGAUUUUGAGAAACUCCCAGCUGGGCAGAACGCCACAGUUGCCGUGAUGAGCUAUAGUGGCUACGAUAUUGAAGAUGCCUUAGUCCUCAACAAGGCUUCCUUGGACAGAGGCUUUGGACGCUGCCUCGUGUAUAAAAACGCCAAAUGCACAUUGAAGCGAUACACCAAUCAAACUUUCGAUAAAGUGAUGGGGCCGAUGCUGGACGCAGCAACCAGGAAACCCAUCUGGCGGCAUGAGAUUUUAGAUGCCGACGGCAUUUGUUCUCCAGGGGAGAAAGUGGAAAACAAGCAGGUGCUUGUGAACAAAUCGAUGCCGACAGUCACCCAGAUUCCCCUGGAGGGGAGCAGCGUGCCUCAGCAGCCGCAGUAUAAAGAUGUCCCCAUAACCUACAAAGGUGCUACAGAUUCCUACAUCGAAAAAGUCAUGAUAUCCUCCAAUGCAGAGGAUGCUUUUCUCAUCAAAAUGCUGUUAAGACAGACGAGACGGCCAGAAAUUGGAGACAAAUUCAGUAGUCGCCAUGGCCAAAAAGGUGUUUGUGGGUUGAUCGUUCCUCAGGAAGACAUGCCAUUUUGUGAUUCCGGAAUCUGCCCUGACAUCAUAAUGAACCCUCAUGGCUUCCCAUCACGUAUGACGGUGGGAAAACUGAUUGAAUUGUUGGCUGGGAAGGCUGGAGUGCUUGAUGGCAAAUUUCACUAUGGGACAGCUUUUGGAGGCAGUAAAGUUAAGGAUGUGUGUGAAGAUCUUGUUCGUCAUGGUUAUAACUACUUGGGAAAAGACUAUGUAACAUCUGGCAUUACUGGGGAACCUUUGGAAGCCUAUAUCUAUUUUGGCCCUGUGUACUAUCAGAAGCUGAAGCACAUGGUGCUGGACAAGAUGCACGCCAGAGCGCGAGGACCGCGCGCUGUCCUAACCAGGCAGCCCACAGAAGGUCGAUCCCGAGAUGGUGGUUUGCGUCUUGGAGAAAUGGAACGUGACUGCCUGAUCGGUUAUGGAGCCAGCAUGCUUUUGCUAGAGAGAUUAAUGAUUUCAAGUGAUGCCUUUGAGGUAGAUGUCUGUGGGCAGUGUGGACUUCUGGGAUAUUCUGGCUGGUGCCAUUACUGCAAAUCUUCAUGUCACGUGUCUUCCUUGCGAAUCCCUUAUGCCUGCAAACUGCUAUUCCAAGAGCUGCAGUCAAUGAACAUUAUCCCCAGACUAAAACUAUCCAAGUACAAUGAGUGAAGGUGUAAGUAACACGCAUGGAGUUUCAAAAAUAAGUGGUCCCAUCAUUGCACCAGAAGGAUCUUGGGUAAAAGUAGUGAUGACAAGGAAGAAUCGGGACUUCCAGAGACUUCCCAGGCUGUUCGACCUUUGAGUUUUUAAAAAAUGGAGUUUUUUGGUACAGUAAAAGAUAGAGAAAUAUUCUCAAAUUUGCCCAAACACUUUACUACUUGAUUAAAAAAAGACAAAGACAUAAACUGAAGCAACAUAAUAGAUCAAUAAAGAUUGCUUUACACAGGACUUGAAGUUUGCUUCUUAGAAGGCACCACUAUUGGGGAGAACAGUGGGAGAAUGGAUUGGGCUCAAUUUGGUGCAUCAGAAGCCUGUGAUGUUUCCUCUAAAGUGGAAGCUGUGAAUCUCCCUAUUGUGAGGAGUUCAAAUUGUCUUUCAUAUAUCAAAGGAAUAGAAAAGGAGCGUGUGACUCCUUCACAGACACACAGACUACUCGAUGUAGUUAAUACUUAAUCCAGCAUCAUCAGGCCAGCAUGUUUUUGCACAUAACUGGAUUUUCUCUCUAAGUGAAAAUGAAUAUUUAGAGUAUCAAACCCUUUUUUGUAAAAAAUGUUUUUUACCUUUCUAAAAUGUAUUCCUCCUAGGAGUAUCUAGGAACGAUAAGAACUGUUAUCCACAUUGUCAGACAUAGUUGAUAUGUUGGGUGUUUGUUUUUACAUCUUUGCUGUGAGGGCUAACUGAGUGGUUGGAUAUGGGAAGGAGGAGCAACAUUUUAGGAAAUGGUGAUGUAACAGCAAAAAAGAUCUCAAUAAAAAGAUUUUUUUGUUUUUAAAA